AUGCAUGGUAUCCGCUGGUUAGAUCUGCCACGGAGAACGGGGAACACGGUAUCGGCUUGUCCGUCCUCUCGACCGCAAAUACGCGGCAAAAGCCCCAAUGUAUGGCUUGCACUGGAUGAUUCCAAACCUAAUGUCGAAUAUGUUGUCAAACGACCACCUGGAGACGAUGAUGACACGUCAUCGUCUAAUGCUCUCUCUGCCUUUAGGCACGAAUUGGAGAUGCAAAGGCUUUUUGCCAAAGAUCCAAUGAUUCGAGCGCUCGUUGAUUAUAUCCCCGACUCAGAGCCUAGUGGGCCGAUGAUGGUUCUUGAGGCAUUCACAGACUCGCUCUGGGACGCUCGAAAUGCGAGGCCGUUCACUACAAAGGAGAUCAAAUGGAUCGUGAAGGGCAUUCUUCUGGGUAUCUUUACAGUGCAUACGAAAGGCCUAGUUUAUACUGUCAGCAAACCAUCUACCAGAGAAAUCACGUCCCUUACAUAUCGGAGCCCCGAAGUCCAUUUUGGGAAAGCAUGGACCCAAAGUACAGAUGUCUGGUCCUGGGGACUCAUCUUGGCCCAACUGCUUCAGGCGCAAGUUGAUUUCAAGUCACCGGGAAUGUAUGAUUCAAUAUGCACUGGGACUCUUGCAGAAAAGGAAAAGGUCAUCCGUGAUCAACUAGCGAUUGACUUUGACUUGGCAUCUAUACCAUUGUAUGCCGAGGAUGAGCAAUGCACCAAGAUAUUGCCUGCACCGCAACCAGAAGAAGCGUACAUGUGGGCAAAUAACAUGAUCAACAAAGGUGUUUCAGCUGAAGAUAUCCAGUUCUUAGUCGGAGUUUUAAAUCCAGACCCAAAUACUCGCCUCACGGUGCGUGAGAUUCUCGAGACCGUGACAUAUGCCGCGAUCAGUGUCUAUGAGCCUACACCACACGCCCCGUCAUCAGUUCUAAUAUGCUAUCUUCGGCUUUGGGAUAUCUGA